AUGGUCGAUCUGUCACUAGCCGCAAGCUGGCACAAGAUCUGUAUGUCGAGACAUGAAAACUCAGCAGACGGCCAUGGUUGCUGUCCAAACACACAGGAAUUCCUUCCAGACUUCCGAGUCAUUGACGUCCAGCAACGUUGCGUUGUAAGGACAAGUGGCAACGUCGACUAUGCGGCACUCAGUUAUGUCUGGGGAAACGCGAAGCGUCUUGUGCUAUCCAAAGACAACGAAGCUUGGCUUACUACACCCGGCGCAUUGGCACAAACCAAAGAGAACGUUCCUAAAACCUUUAGGGAUGCACUGGAAGUUGCUGCAGCUCUAGGGAUUGCGAACCUAUGGGUGGACGCGUUAUGCAUCGACCAAAGCAACUCUGGACAAGUCGAAAGCCAUAUGGACGCAAUGGACAGAAUCUAUGGAUCUGCUGUUCUCACCAUAGUGGCUAUUGCUGAAAAUGCUGACUUGGGUCUUCCGGGCAUUAGCCUGCCUCGUGGACCUUCUCAGGCGGUCUUCGAAUAUAACGGAACUCGCUAUUUGAGUUCUAAACCGACAUAUGGGGCUGCCAUAGUAGACUGUCCAUUGGAAAAGCGCGCUUGGUGUCUACAAGAGAAGUUGUUCUCUGCCCGACUUCUGGUUUUCACCGAUGCUCAAGCUUUCUAUCACUGUGGUGCCGCGACGUGGUUCGAGGAUACGAUCAUGGAAACACCGGAAAGCAACUCUGGCACUGUACUCAAUAGAGAGAAUAUGCGUGGCGGGAGGAAACGCCGAAUGGAAAUGGUCGAUUUCUUAGAGCACACCGCGUACGAUACGUACAACACCCGCCACACUGCCCUCGAAGACAGGAACUUUUGGUCGCUGGUUCAAAGUUACAGUCUGCGGAAGAUGACCUUCGAGGCCGAUGUGAUACGCGCUUUUAGGGGAAUCCUACGAUCUGUAGAAGCACAGCAUGGUCGUGCUAUAUGGGGAAUACCUCAAUACCACUUUUUGAGAGGCCUAUCAUGGUAUCACGACGUGCAUCAGAUGGACUUACGCCGAGAGGGAUUUCCCAGCUGGAGCUGGGUGGGAUGGCGCAGCAGUGAUAACUACCUGCGCUUUGCGAACUGUAAAAGGAAGGACACCGACAUCGGAAUCAUGGAUGGUCGAUACCGCGUUACUCGCAGCAAGCACAAUGGACGUUCUGUAUGGAGCCUCACUUGGUUCUAUUACACGACUGAAGAAGAUGAUGACCAGUUGCAACUAAGGACUGUGCAGCUCGAACCUCAAGACUGCAACACAGACCCUCAGGGUGUUCAUCCUAAAUCCGCGGCGGCAUCACCCGCAAAGACUGAAACCUCAAUUGAAACCAACAUAGAGUACAGCCAUUUCAGUGAAUGGGAUUUACCUGGUCACCCAAGGAGCGUGGAAUCUACUCACGAACCAGUGUUACCUCUUAUGUCCAAGCUGGAAAUGCCUCCAAUAUCACACAUCCUACGAUUCUACACCAGCGUCGCCACAGUUUUGGUUCAUCCCAACCCGAUCACUAAUUCUUGGAACGAGAGGAGGGAAUUUCGCCUCCUUAUACCCGGCACCGACAUUGAGCUUGCCACAGUCGAAAUAGACCCACUCUGGUCUGGCAUCGGUAACGAACACAGCCUUGUCUAUAUUUCGAGAUACUGCCCUGAGUACUACCGUUAUCUAGAGGAAAGUGUUACAGGUCCUGAGAGGCUUCACCUACUCUUGCUUGAGAGCGUACCGGAAUGGGGCGAAGUGAAGAGGAGAGUGCAGCUGGUACAAGAAGUCAGUAUCUUGGACUGGAGGAAGGCAAAUCCAAGAUGGGAGUUGGUCAGUUUAGCAUGA